AUGUGUAAAAUGGUGGGAGAUUAUAAGCAGCUGAUAUUUAAGCAGUUCGUUGUUAAUAGCUCAGUCGUCUGUUUAUCGAGAACCGAUUCAAAGCCACCUGUGUUGUUACUAUAUAUAGUGAAACAAACGAAGUAUAUUGAUAUUAACAAUUUUGUUUGGUACAAUAAACAUGCAGCAUAUCGUUUUACGAAGGAACCGAAAAUCAGCGAAGAAUAUUCGGAUUUAGCAAAGAUCAAUGAUCUUGUCGAUGAUCCGAUGGAUCUUUUCAAAUCGUGGCAUGAAGAGUCAAGAAAAUAUUUACAAAAUAUGCUAGAUAUUUUUUGCCUGGCGACGUCCUCUAUAGACAAUAAAAUUGCUGCAAGAAAUGUAGUACUCAGAGAAUUUGAUAACGAGGGUUUCGUACUAGUCACUGAUCAACGAAGUAGAAAAGCCUCAGAGUUGGAUAGUGUACCACGAGCUGCUGCGUGUUUUGUAUGGUGUUACAUAGAUGAUAAAGGACAAAACAUUGUCAGACAGGUACGAGCUGAGGGUACAGUAAAAAAAUUAGAACCGAAAGAAUUUAAACAUCUCUACGACAGAGAGCCACUUUUUUGCAAGAUUCGAUCUCAUUUGUGUCAUCAAGGUCACGCAAUUGAUUGGGACGAUUUGAAACGCCGACAUGAUGAAAUUGUAAAGGAAUAUCAAAGCGGCAAGAAUACUCUGCCAAUGCCGGAACACUUCAUCGGAUAUAAAUUGAUACCAACAAUGAUAGAAUUUUACUACGCGAAGGACAAUCUUAUCGGGGAUAGAAUGCAAUAUAACAAAAACACUUCGAUCGAUGGAUGGCAACAAAGAAGAUUGGCCGCUUAAUAUUAAAAAUUACAAACAUGUUUAAUUAUUUGUUUUCUAAACAAGGAAUCCUUAUAAUAAUUAAAUUUUAUUAAAUAAAAUAAAACAAAUUUCAA